GUCCAUAUCUGAUUGGAUCAAGGACAGGGUACCUACUGGGUCUUUGUAGUACAUAAAGUCCACGCUAGCAGUGGAGAGAACACAUUUCACCAGCUCCAAGGCUCUCUCUGCAAUAACCAAGGAGAGUAAAAUAAAAAAAAUAAAAAAAGGAACUUCUCAGGAUGAAAUGGAUCAAACAGAAGAAAACUGAGCAGAUCUGAUGUAAGGACAAAGUAAAGAUUAGGAGGAUUUAGACGUGGACUGAACAAUCUUUUACAGUGUUUUUGCACCAGACAGAAACUCACACCCACAAACAUACAGCCAACUGCGCACAGUCCUCAGGGUUAAAGACCUCAACCAUUUUUUUUUUUGGAAGGUGAGACUUCUACCUGCACAAUGCCUCAUCAGGUUCCCUCUCUGCUGCUGCUGCUGCUGCUGCUGUUUCUCUCUGUACUUGAAGUGUCUCAAGGCUGCCUGCAGGAUCCUUCAUCAGCAUACAGAUUCACAGGAACAGUAUGUCGCCUCACCUAUCCUGCCGCUGUUGUGUGUGAGUAGACUUUGACCCUCUUAUGGUGUUUAGUUUGAAUGUUUAUCACAAACAAAACUACUUUAAUUGCAUUUUUUUAAGUCUAAAUAGACUUCAUGAUGGAUAAUGAUAAUGAUCAUAAUCAUAGUUAUGAUAAUGAUACUGGCAGUGUAAGGAAGUAAACAAGUUUAUCUGCUAUAGCACCUUUCAUGGAACCAAGUAAAGUGGUUCACAAAGUAGCAAAAGUUAAUGGCAAAGACAAUAAAUAAACACAAAACUCAACAAAAUAACAGAUAAAAAACAUAAUACAAAGAGGCAACAGUUACAGCAGAUGGUAAAAGCCAGUUUAAACGGAUGUGUCUAAAGCGUCUAAGUUUGAAGGCUCGAUCUCCUUUUGUUUUUUCAGUUUGGCACAAGGAACAGCAAAUAGACCCUGGCCAGAAGAUCUGAGGGAUUUACCCAGGAUUUAGGGUGGAGAAGUUCAGAAAUAAAGAGUGGAGUUUGAUUGUGGAUGGCUUUAAAGGUUAACACCAGGAUCUUGAAAUCAAUUCUGAACUUGACUGGCAACCAAUGUCAAGAAAAUAAAAUAGAUUUGACAGUGAUGAUCAGGAUGAUGACAACAACAAUGCCAAUUACGGUGCCAGAAAAGACAGUAUGAGGCGCUAUUAUCAUUUAUUUUAUAUUAUUUCAUUUUAGUUUAGUGUAUUUCAAGUAGCUUAUUUGUCCUAUAGUUUCUACCUGCCUCAACUGAGUUUUUUCUUUCUUUCUUUCUUUCUUUCUUUCUUUCUUUCUUUCUUUCUGUCUUUCUCUCUCUCUUUCCCUCACUUCCUUCCAUCCUUCCUUCCUUUCUCCCUCUCUUCCUUCCUCUUCACUUUUCUUACUUCCUUCUUUUCUUCCUUCCUUUGUUUCUUUCUUUUUUCUCACUCUCUUUUUCUCUCUCUCUCUUUCUAUCUCUCCCUCCUUUUUUCUUCCUUCCCCCAUCCUUCAUUUUUCUCGUCUUUCCUUUAUUGCUUCCUUCCUUAUUCUUUUGCUUCCUUCCUUCCUUUUCCCCUUUCUUACAUCUUUUCUCUUUCUUUCUCUCUCUCCCUCUUUCUGCCUUCCUUCAUUCCUUCCUUUCUUUCUUUCUUCUUUCCUCUUCACUUUUCUUACUUCCUUUUUUCUUUCUCUCUCACUCUCUCUCUCUUUCUCUCUCUCUUCCUUUCCUCCCUUCCUUUCUCUCUCCCUCCCUUCUUUCUUUCUUUCUUUCUUUCUUUCUUUCUUUCUUUCUUUCUUUCUUUCUUUCUUUCUUAACAAUUAACAUAUGACAAAUUUUUAAAAAUAAGACCACAAUUAACUUGACUAAGCAGACACUGGCUCACCCUCUGGACACCACACACAAGUACUUCACUUACACCUUAACUCAACCUGAUUCCUGUGUCUAUCCCCCAAAACCACCACCUUACUAUGUUAUUAAUAAUGCAUCAGAUUUCAUAUAGCGCUUUAUCAGAGACCCUCAAAGUGCUUUACAUUGGAUAUGUCAUUCAUUCACUCACACAGUCACACUUUGGUGGUGGUAAACUACCUUAGUAGUCACAGCUGUCCUUAGGCAGACUGACAGAAACAUGGCUGCCAUUUUGCGCCUACUGUUUUUUAUAUGUUGGUUUGAAUUGUUGCAUUUGUCUGUUGUAAUGUUUCCAAAAUGAGAUUAGGAAAAAGAAAUAAAACACACGUCUACAUACCUCAUGUUAACUUCUAGUCCAGGUUAGUAAUAAAGAAAGUAAAUUAUAGUGUAUGACAGUGUUGAAGUUAAUUCCAAACUUCCCCGAGUCCGUUGAUGGAGACUGGAACGGAGGAUUCAAUGAGGCAAAAAGGUGUCUUAAACAAACCUUUUAUUUCGGCACAGCAAAUAACACAAGAUAUCUUGGAGAGCACAACAUCAACCCAAUAGUAUCUCUGAGGUGGUCUGAUUACUAUUUUUCAGUAGUUAAUAGUUAUAUCCUAGGAGGCGUCUCAUCAUCUUUAUGGGCGGAGAGUUUACAUAACCAGCAGUCCCCAGUGUUUCUCUAUGGACAAACAAGCACGUAUUGUUCUAUUUUUUUUACCUGACCGAAACCGUGGUUUCAGGGAAGUUGACAUUGGAUGCAUCCAGUGCUUGUCUCCUUUUUAUCAUAUUUGCAUCAUGUAUUCCAAGCUUUCACUGAGUUCCCACUGGGCAGACUGCUGGGCAUGCAAACCCUCGCGUUACACCUCCACAUCUUCUCAGGACAGAGUGAUCUUCCUCCCUCACCCUGUUGUUCACAUUUCUGAGCUACACCUGCACGUCUGUUUAUGAAAGGCACAUCAUUAUCUAGAGCAUAUGUCAGGGUCAUAGAGCACUUUUAUAAGGAACACUUUUAAUGAAUGACUGUGAUGAUUAUAAAGCACACUUUUUAAUAAAUGACUGUUAUGAUUAUAAUACACACUUCAAAUAAAUGACUGUUAAGGCAGAACAGUUUAAAACCAUACUUACCAACCCUUCGCACUUCUAGGCAUAAGCUAAAAUAUAAAUGACUGUUAUGAUUAUAAUAUACACUUCAAAUAAAUGACUGUUAAGGCAGAACAGUUUAAAACCAUACUUACCAACCCUUGGCACUUCUAGGCAUAAGCUAAAAUCUUUCUUUACUGAGAGUCUCUCUUCUAUACGUUGUGACACAGUGAUCAAUUGCCCCCGUGUUAGCUUUAAACUUUCUUAUCUGACUCAUCAGUACAUGUCCGCAAUGAGCACACAAAAUAAUGUAAACACAAUAAGAAAACAGUUAAUUACCUGAAACAAUGACUAAAUGAUUGGUAUGAUAUAAGAGUUCCCACAGACAGUCAUGGAUGCUUCUCAAGCUGUGUUUUUUAUAUCUAUUCACCUGCUUCUGUGUCUGUGUUCUGUCUGUGUGUCUGUGGUAGUGAAUGAAAAAACGACUAAAGUGAUCGAGGCAGCAUUUCAACAUGCAAGAUAUCCAAGUGUGAAGGGGGAGAAAUCUCUGCGCUUCAUAGGCAACAUCAAAUAUGGCCUUGACAAGUAAGCUAAUACACAUUCACACACUCAGAUACAGAUGGAUAUACACAAUGUUAUAAAAGGAGGUUAUGUUUCCCUUUCCACCAGUUUGGAGAUUCACAACCUGUCGAUUGGUCGGAGUGAAUUUGAACUACAUCCAGGUGAAGGCAUCAGCAUGGACAUAAGCAACGUUUCUGCUGUCUUUAAAGGAACCAUCCAGUACAGCUAUGGCAGCUGGCUGUGAGUCUGUGUGUGUGUUUAAUAGACUCCUGAUAAACUGAUAGACUGAGUGUUCGAUAGAUUAUUCAUUUAGUCUCUAGAAAAAUAGAACAUGACCAACACAUACAUACAUCUGAAGACAGCUUCUGAACUGUUUGGGUGGAAACUAUUUAGUGUCAUGUCAGUCUAAGUCUUAUGCCUGUGAUUGGUCCUCUACCAAAACCGGGUAGGGUUUAUUUGAGGUACUGAGGAAACUCCUCAAAAAGCCAAUGAGCGAUGUAAUUCAAACCAAGGAAACAUCCUCUCCUCUUUGUUGUUGCCGUCCUCUGGUGUCGCUGGGCACGUCUCUCAGACCUCUUUUGCUGGUUGCUGUCGUUUAUUUGUGAGAUUGCUCUGGCACAGGUGUCUCGCCAAGCUUUGCGAUCGAGUGCCAGAGUUUCAAGCUGCAUGGGGUUGAUGGCAGUGCGUUUCAGAAGCUCCUUGGUGUAGUCCUUGUAACGCCUCUUUUGACCACCAGCAGCAUGCUUAGCGUUGUGUAGUUGUCCAUAGAGGACUUGUUGGGGCAGGCGGUGUUCAGGCAGGCGGAUGGUGUGUCCGAUCCAGCGUAGCUGUCUUUUGGCCACAGCUGCUUCCAUACAGUUGGAAUUCGUUUUCUCCAGGAUCUCGGUGUAAGGGACUCUAUCUGCCCAGGACAGGCCAAGGAUCUCCUGGAGGCAGCGGAUAUGGAAGGCCUCCAAGUAGGGCUGCAACUAACGAUUAUUUUGAUAAUCGAUUAAUCUGCCGACUAUUUUAAUAACUAAUCGAUUAAUCGGAUAAACAGGCUAAAUUCAUCAAUGCAGCUGUUAAUAGCAAUAGCAUAGGGCUUUAGUUUAUCAUAUGAGUUUAUCUGCCAUGAGGUGUUGAGGUCUCUGCAUGUGAAGGUUACUGACUUACUGUAAUCAUCAGGUCUAUCUCGUCCUUAUAAAAACCUGCUCUAUUUCGGCGAGUGUCUGUCUUCUUCUGUAGUCAAACCGCAAGAUAUCAAAAUCUACCCGGAUACAGCAAUGCUGCUUUUUGAUUGGCUGUUCAGUAGAUAUACUUUAUUUGAUUGGCUUGCGCGUGGCACGCAGCUUCUGAACUCUCGGAGGAACUCAGUUGAUUCCUACCUGUUCCAUAGUUAAAGAGGUGCAACUUGGUGGACAUCACCGUGUUCAUUUAAAUGCGUGAGAAAUACAAUGUGUGGUGUGUGAGCGUGUGAACGAGUGGGAAUGCGUGUGUCAUACGCUGAAUGCGUGAGACUUGAGAGCCCUGUGCUCACGCAUCAUCGAUGUACUCCCGUGCCAUGCAAAACGGGCUUUGCAAAUGUUGCACUGAACGCCUUCCUUUUCAGUCUUGGUAAAGUUUUCCCACACCAUGGGUUGUGUCCAUGUUUUUCUCAGCCGCUGCCUUGGCCAUGGCUGUUUCUUUUCUGUGCGUUCUGCUGAUGUUUACACGCCGGUGUCCAUGGACAUAUAUAAAGACCCGACGAAUCGAUUACAGAAUUAGUUGGCAACGAAUUUUUUCGUCACGACGAAUCGACUUAAUCGAUUCGUUGUUGCAGCCUUACCUCCAAGUUUGAGAUGUGCCUCCUGUACGAAGUCCAUGUUUCUGCCCCGUAGAGCAAAGUAGAGACACAUACUGCGUUGUAGACAGCAACCUUGGUGCUUACCUUCAGAUUGCGGUUUUCGAAAACCCUGCUGCGGAGCCGUCCAAAGGCGGAUGAAGCUUUAUUGAUGCGGGUGUGUAUGUAUAUGUCAAGGGAGCAAUGGGAAGAGAGUGUGGAGCCGAGGUAAGUGAAGUAAUCAACUGUUUUGAGAGGGACACUGUUUAUAGGGCAGGAUAGCUUCCUAAAAGCAAGUAAGCUUGUACACCUACACACAGGCUAAGGUAUCAGAACAGCUAAAAGACACAGCAAACAAAGGAAAACACAUUAUCGUGGAGAAAGAAAAAACAAUGUUUGAUUUGGAGACAUGAGACACUUUUGUUCCCCUGAGAACAAACAGGAUGCACUUUAACUGAUGAUGAAGGCCAACAGACGGGCAGAGGGUAGACUGUGCAAGACUGCAAGAUCAUCUUGUCCCUGCCAUGACAAGAUGCAGCACCACCCAAAAUAAAUGAUUACCACGCAGAAAGGAAGUUCAAAAGCACAUUCAGCAAGUUUGUUUACCUCUAUUUGUGCUUACCUUGAAAUUUAUUGUUAGUAUGUUCAAGCCUCGAACAGUAACCCAUUUAGAAAAUAUGUCAAACAGUUUUUUCACAAGUUCCUUUGGGUGCUUUAAGUCCAAAGGGGCUGUAGCAACUCAUAAUGUAAUAAUGGUUCAUAACGUAAUAAAAAAAAUGAGCGCAUAACGUAAUAACAGAUUUUUCAAUAAUGUAAUAAUGCAAUAAUUUGUUACAUUAAGAACUUCAACAUAGGAGGCUCAUAAUGUAAUAAAACUUCAUAAUGUUAUAAUGGACCAUAUUUGGGAUAAGUAUCAUGGUAGUAUAUCAGUAUCAUGGUCAGUAUCAUGUCAGUAUCAUGUUAGUAUCAUUGUGGUAUAUGAGUAUCAUGGUCAGUAUCAUGGUGGUAUAUGAGUAUCAUGGUCAGUAUCAUGGUCAGUAUCAUGGUGGUAUAUGAGUAUCAUGGUCAGUAUCAUGUCAGUAUCAUGUCAGUGUCAUGGUCAGUGUCAUGAUCAGUAUCAUGUCAGUGUCAUGGUCAGUGUCAUGAUCAGUAUCAUGUCAGUGUCAUGGUCAUUAUCAUGUCAGUGUCAUGGUCAGUAGCAUGUCAGUAUCAUGCCGGUAUCAUGGUAUCAUUUUUCAAUAAUGUAAUAAUGUAAUAAUUUGUUACAUUAAGAACUUCAACAUAGGAGGCUCAUAAUGUAAUAAAACUUCAUAAUGUUAUAAUGGACCAUAUUUGGGAUAAGUAUUAUGGUAGUAUAUCAGUAUCAUGGUCAGUAUCAUGUCAGUAUCAUGUUAGUAUCAUUGUGGUAUAUGAGUAUCAUGGUCAGUAUCAUGGUCAGUAUCAUGGUGGUAUAUGAGUAUCAUGGUCAGUAUCAUGUCAGUAUCAUGUCAGUGUCAUGGUCAGUGUCAUGUCAGUAUCAUGUCAGUGUCAUGGUCAGUGUCAUGGUCAGUAUCAUGGUCAGUGUCAUGGUCAUUAUCAUGUCAGUGUCAUGGUCAGUAGCAUGUCAGUAUCAUGUCAGUAUCAUGGUCAGUAUCAUGUCAGUGUCAUGGUCAGUAUCAUGGUCAGUAUCAUGGUCUGUGGAGGUUCUUCCUGUAACAAAUUAUGACAUUAUUGAAAACCGUUUUUACUAUUACGUUAUGAGCUGAUUAUUACAUUAUGAACCAUUAUUACAUUAUGAGUUGCUACAGCUCAUUGCUGUUUAGUCACUGUCUGUCAGACUGUGGAGAAGGAAAGGUAGCAGCAGACACAACAGACUGUUAUUUGCUUUAUCUAGUCUCAACGUUGACCAUUCACUUGACUUUGAAAUUGAGUCGCAGAUUGAUCUAGGAAUCAAGCCAAAACUUUGUGAGUACCUUGAUAUAUAUUGGGAUUGAAGCUCGGUAGCUGGUUCAAUGUGUGUGAACUUCCCUGCUCUCUGUCACCUGAGUUCACACGGAUGUCCUCAGAUCUGUUUUCUGUUAUCUCUGUCUGUCAGACUGUGGAGAAGGAAAGGUAGCAGCAGACACAACAGACUGUUAUUUGAACUUUCACAAGCUCCGUCUGCACCUGCAGGGGGACAAAGAGUAAGUUUCAAAUCUCGACCUUGUUAGGGUGUCAACAGCAGGACAAAAAAUAGACCCGCACUGGUAACUAUUCCUGACUCUGUUUUGUGUCUUGUUGCUCAGACCAAACUUCCUGAAGAGGCUUUUUACAGACUUCAUCACUUUUACAGUCAAAUUGGUCGUAAAGGGACAGGUAAGCAUGAGAAUGAAGGGUAGAAAUUUCACUGAUCGUCUUCAAAUGUGCAUUUGUGUGUCCUGUAGAUUAGUUACGUUGAUACUGAAGUAUUGGUAAGUCUUUUUCAAAAUACAGAUUUGUAAGGAGAUCAACAAGGUGGCAAAUAUACUGGCUGACUUCAUCCAAGACACAGCAGGUGUGUGCUCAAGUGUUCUUGUGUCAUAAUGAGUGAUACAGUGAGUGAAUGAGUGAGUGAAUGAAUGAUUUGUUUGUAAAAGUGUAGAUGUUUCAUCAUUAGUAAUUGUGUGUAUACCGUAUGUGUGUGUGUGUGUUACAGAGCAGUUUCUCAGUGAUGGAGAUAUCAGUGUGGAUAUCGGUGUGACUGCUGCACCUGUCAUCACUGCAAACUAUAUCGAAUCAUACCACAAGGUGACUCACACCUGUAUUCAUCUUUACACACACGUAUCUCUGUCAAAAUUUGUUAAAUGUGUGAUAAAAAAAAAUGUCUGAAAUACUCAACAGUGUAAAGCCGUGUUCAGACCAAACGCGACGCGACCUGUCGCGUUGGUCGGUCACGUCGCGUCGUGUGGUGCUCUGGUGUGUUCACAACGGGUCCAAAGCUGCGGUCAAAGGACGCGGCUGGUCGCCGCUGACCCGCUUCUCCCACCUUCCUUCUCCCUACUUUUCUCCCUCAUAUAUACAUCCCGCAGCCCCUUCCAGCGCUUGCGGCACACAUACACACACACGUUGAAACAUGUAGCCUAGCAAGCAGGGGAAGUUUGCCAUGUUUUCAGAAAAUAGUCUGCUCACUGAAAUAAAUAAACAAAUGACGAGAAAGCCCGAAAUCAUGGGCCACCUUCGCCCAUGCCUCCACCUUGGAGGUGCGGUCCCGGUAAAAAUGCGGUCCCACGUCGUACAGGACCGGGUGAUAACUCACGGCAGUGAUAAACUGCUCCUCCAUUGUGAUUCUUCUUCUCUUCCUCCUUGCUUCGCCGGUUUGUUGACGUCAGCAGAGCCCUGAUUGGCUGUCGCGGCACGGAGUUGCGGAUAGUCGCUCCCAAAGUUCAAAUAUUUGAACUUUGGGAGCGACGCGACUUGGCGUCCUGCGACCUCGGCGACGCGACCUCGGCGACGCGACCUCGGCGACGCGACUUGGUGACCGGUCGCCAAGUCGCGUCAGGUCGCGUCGCAGGCAGCUGGCGGUCGCCAAGUCGCGUCAGGUCGUGGCUGUCCAUAGAUUUUGCAUUGGGAGCCGUCGCCGAAGUCGCGUUUGGUGUGAACACCCCAUAAGGGGACUGGAAUAUGCGUAACUUGGUGUAUUUAUUACAUUUUAAUUUUUAUUCACAGCAACCCCAAACAAGUCCCUUAGGUAUUUCAGCUGUGAUCAGGGUUGGGGUGAACACAUGAAUAAGGAUAUCUUUGUCAAACAAGGUCAUAGAGCUCAUAUCAAUGCAGCUCUGUUAAUCCUACUUCCUUUUGUGUUACUAAUUCAUUUUCUGUUCAUUUUUCCCCCAACAAAUCUUCUAGGGACUGACCAACUACAACAACAUUUCUGCUGUCAUCAAUGACUCAGUUUUCCACCCCAGUCAGCUGACUGAAAACAAGAUGCUUUACUUUUGGCUGUCAGGUGAGCAGUGUUUCCAGUGAACUUUCUGAAGUCAUGAUAGAGAGGGGCUCAUCACUCUGAGAAAAACUACACUGUUAGAUAGAGCAAUAAUUACCUCCGCCAAGGAGGUUAUGUUUUCGGUAGCAUUGGUUUGUUUGUUUGUCUGUUAGCAACUUUACAGAGAAACUAACUGAUGGAUUGACCUGAAAUUUUCACCAGAGGUGCGUCUCAGCCCCAGGAGAAUCCCAUUAAAUUUUGGUGGUGAUCCGGACAGAAUUCCGGAUACUGUGAUCCAGAACACACAAAAAUAAGGGUGUUGUUGGAAUUUUCAAUGCUGAAAGAUAACCAAUGGGCGGCACAGCGGUGUAGAUGGGCGGCACAGUGGUGUAGUGGUUAGCACUGUCGCCUCACAUCCAGAAGGUCCUGGCUUCGAAUCCUGAUCAGGGCAUUUCUUGUUUAAGGGUGGACAUGACCUGCGUGGGGGAGGUCUGCGCUCUUAGAGUGCUUUUCUAGUUUAAUAUGAAUCCCUCCCUGUGACAAUAAAAAGGGCUCUAGCUUGACAUUAUCUACAGUUUUCACAGUCUUUUGUCAUUAAAAGAGUUUGUGAAUCAUCACAUAUUAAGCAUUCUUGAAAAGCUUGCUGGGUACAUUACAGCUUGCAUUCAUGUUUAAUCCUAGACCAAGUUAUCAACCCACUACUCAGUGCUGCCCAUCAAGACGGUCGUUUCCGACUCAACAUCUCUGAAGCAGAGCUCACUGUAAGUGAAUCAUCUUCAAAUACUUGAUUUAUGUGAUCAAACUUUAAUUUGAGCUGUUAAGUCCUUUUUUACUGACUCGUGUGAUUUCAGGAACUUUUCAACACAGAACUCUCUGGUGCUACACCUGAACUUAUUACAAAGGUAACAGCGAAACAUUAUAAUCCCUGUUUAGGCCUAAUGACUUGUUCAAUUAGACACAUCAUUUUACGUUUUUGUUUGUUUAGAGUCUGGAAUCGGGUUCAUGUGAGCUUGGAGUGUGGAGUUCAUCUGUUCCCUACCUGAAAACCUCCACCCGGGGAACAACCACAUGGGUGGAGGCCUCAGGGCAGCUCUACUGUGGGAAUCAAGGCACACCAGUGCUCUUCUUUCAGAUGGUAUUUUACAUUUAUUUUCACAUAAUCAUAGUCACAGCUUCUGUGAGAUAUUGUAAAAAGUGUUAUGAGAAUUCAUGUUUCCUGUACAUACAGUUGUGCUCAAAAGUUUACAUACCCCGGCACAAUUUUUGCUUUCUUGGCCUUUUUUUAGAGAAUAUGAAUGAUAACUCAAAAGCUCUUUUUCCACUCAUGGUCAGUGGUUGGGUGAAACCAUUUAUUGAUAAACAACUGUGUUUUCUAUUUUUAAAUCAUUAUGACAACAAAAGACACCCUAAUGACCCUGAUCAAAAGUUUACAUACCCCAGUUCUUAAUUGUGGUAGUUGUGGAUGAGGCUCUUCAUUUUCUCAGAUGGUAAAGCUACCCAUUUUCUUGGCAAAAAGCCUCCAGUUCCUGUAAAUUCCUGGGCUGUCCUGCAGGAACUGCGCACUUCAGAUCUCCCCAGAGUGGCUCAAUGAUAUUGAGAUCAGGAGACUGAAAUGGCCACUCCAGAACCUUCACUCUAUUCUGCUGUAGCCAAUGACAGGUCGACUUUGCAUUGUGUUUUGGAUCAUUGUCAUGUUGGAACGUCAAAGUACGUCCCAUGCGCAGCUUCCGGGCUGAUGAGUGCAAAUUUUCCUCCAGUAUUUGCAGUAAAGCACAGUCGUUUUACAAUUAAUGGUUUCACCCAACCACUGAGCAUGAGUGGAAAAAAAGAUUUUGUGUUACCAGUCAUAUUCUCUGAAAAAUGGUCAAAUAACCAUAGGUUCUGCCAAGGGUAUGUAAACUUAUGAGCACAACUGUAUGUCCUUCACGUGAGACCAUACUGUACAGUACGGUCAUUUGUAAAAUCAACCUCUUAUAAGUGAACUUCUCAGGGCAUGUCUUUGUAAGACCUAAGCAUACAUGUUUUUUUCUGUGCAGCUCCAUUCUUAAAAGUUAUUCAGGGGUUCAUAUUUUCUAUGAUUGACACCUGAUACUGCCUAUGGGUGUACAAAGAUUGCAUAGCUCAUCCAAGGAUACCCUGUUUGAGCCAAGUGUCUUGACAGCGACUCUACCGCCUAAUGUCUACAAUGCCACUGCGCAAGUGGUGGUUCCAGAAAGUAGAGAAAAUCCUGCAAAUACCACAAGCAAUUUGGCUUAAAAUUUGUAUAAUGACGGGAUGCGGAGCCAAGUUGUCUAUAGUAGUCUAUGGUGUCACAUGACUAUUAGCAACACAGCUUAGUACAAAUUUCAGCUCUGGCAGCAGGUCAGUACCGCUGUAAUGGCCUGCUUCAACUAGAACACAAGAUGUAUGUUAUGAUCAGCAAGGUGUGGAUAGACCUUUGUCAAGAACUGAAUACAUCUGUAACCAUUGUCUCUUUGUAGUGACUGUAAAGACUGUAUGAGGCAGGGGAAGCAAAAUAUAUCUGACCAGUGUCCAUUUGUUUUCUAUCUCUAGGAAGUAGUCACAGAUGUCACAGCAUCCUAUGCCAACAAGAAACUCUUCCUGAGUGGAAACGCUACAAAGUAAGACCGCUCUUGUUGAUUUUUGAUUUCUUUUUAAAGUUCUAUCAAUGACCUACUUGCAUCUUUAAGCGCUGAGUGUGUGUUAUAUUACUUUUUAAGAAGUUCUUUAUAAAUGUUCGCAUACCGAACAAGACAGAAGCAUUUAAGACUAGAAAAGCACUCAGAGAGUGCAGACCUCCACCAAGCAGCUCAUGUCCCCCCUUAUAUUGUGAUUCACAGCAAAACUUUUACUGUUACAUGUCUUUUAUGAACUUGUUCAUAAUGUUCCUAAAACAAGAAAUGCCCUGACCCGGAUUCAAACCCAGGACCUUGUUGCUGUGAGGCGACAGUGCUAACCACUACACCACUGUGCUGCCCAUCUACACCACUGUGCCGCCCAUUGGUUAUCUUUCAGCAUUGAAAAUUCCAACGACACCCUUAUUUUUGUGUGUUCUGGAUCACAGUAUCCAGAAUUUUGUCUGGAUCAGGAUCAACCUUUGACACCUCAUAAAACUCAUUGAGAUCCUUUUGUGUCAUUUUUUACUAAAGACUCUGGCCAUUUUUAUAGAGUUACAUGCAAAAAUUCCAAAAUUUGCCCUAUCUCACAAUGAUAAAGAAUCCUUCAAAAAAUUCCUGGAUCCAGAAGGCGAUCUGGAUCACCACCAAAAUGUAAUGGGAUCCUCCUGGGGCUGAGACACACCACUGGUGAAAAUUUCAGGUCAAUCCAUCUGUAACUUUCUCCGUAAAGUUGGUGACAGACAAACAAACCAAUGCUACUGAAAACAUAACCUCCUUGGCGGAGGUAAUGAACAUUAUAAAGUCACUUGUCUCAUUCACCCCUCCACCCUGUGUAAACAGUAUCUUUCUUGGUUGUUGGAUUUCAUGUUUUGUAAAGUUAAAGAGAUUACCUCAAAUUAUCACCUCAAUUUUAACUUUUCUUUCAGCUGAUGGCGAUCUUUUGAAGAUUAGAUCAAAUGUGAAUGUCAUUUUUUCCCCUUUUAUUUCAGUCUCUGCUAGCAUUACAGUCCAACGCUGAGCUCAUUUUCUUUCUUUCCAGGGUUGUUAUACUCCAGGCAGAGCUGCCCAUAGAGAAUCAACAGGUGAAGUAUUUGGUAUCAGUCACAACCUUACAACCUUACACCUGCAGUUGUAAGGUUGAGGAAAGUAUUAUGCUGAAGACAUGCUAAGACAAACAACUUUUGCAUCAAGACUCCUAUAAAAACCUGUAAUUUUGAACGCAGCUAAACUUAAAGUACAAAUCAACUUAUAUUAUCAAUGUCAAGUUAAACCACUCCUCUGUCUACCACAUCUUCUCACAAAACGCCAACACGACAAUGAGCUGAUUGCUGAGCUGAUAUCAACAAAAUCUUGACCUUUUUUCUUAGAUUAUGAUUGUCUGUAUUUAUGAAUCUGAAACUGAUAUAUGUUCAUUUUUAGUUGGACUUGUUUUAUCGUCCCGUUCUCUUUUUUCCAGCUGUUAGAUGAGACUCAACUGGAAUUGAUGAGAGAGGCAGUGGUGAGGAUCGGCAUUCCUAAAGUUCUGAGAGGUACGACAUGAAAAACAUCAUCAUGUACAGUAAAUCGUAUGUCUCAGUGUAAAUUUCUGUUUAUAAAAUAAAAACCUUGAGUACCACCCAUAGACUGUAUAUAGAAUGGACAGAGUCUGCCUCCUCACUGGGUGAAGCCACUCCGAGAACAGCACCCUCUGUUGAUGGGCUGCAGUAUAGGUCAUAAGUUGUCCAAAGUAUGUACAGUCUAUGGUACCACCAUAAAGAUACACUAGUUGAAGAAGCACAAGUAUACUGUAUUUGGAGGAUGUUCUGCAGUUUCAGCAGGAGGCUCUUAUAAUUUUUAUGCUAACUAUUUUGUUGUUUUUAAAAUGAGCUAACUCUUGCAUUACAUUCAAAGAGGAAGUUCAUGUAGUUUAAUUCACUGUGAAUGGCAUCUUGUUUGAAAAUAUGUUUAGUUUAAGUUUUGGUUAAAACUCAUUUUAAUGAUACCCGCAAUAAUAAGUAUUGCUAGCUUGCCUUAAAAUUGCCUGAAACUUAAAGCUCCUGUGAAGAACUUUUCGGUCUGUUUCAUAACAAGUCAAAGCUCCCCACAGGAGCUUUAAGAGUGUCAACUCAUGCUAACGUAAAAUUACAACUUAAAAAGGAAAGUUAGAAUUUACUUUGUGUAAGUGUGAAAUGACGUCUUUUCUGUAAUGCUUUCAUUUUAGUCCUUGAGAUUGAGCUGACAGUGUUGCUGGACAAACAGGGGGCAAACUUAUUUGACAUCUAUAACCCAGAGGUUCUUCCUGGCGAUGUAAGUGAGGCUUUAAUUGUUCAUUGGCUGUAGCCUGACCCAUGUAUUUGCACAGCUUUGGCUCAUGUGUCUUCCUUCUCUCUCUCUCUCUCUCUCUCUUACUGUGCUGAAGGGUUUUGUGGUGGUUCAGAUGGAUUUCGGUUUCCCUCAUCACCUCCUUGUUGAGUUCCUGAAGAGGACUUUACAAUAGAAGAGAAACUCUGAUGCUUUUGACGUUUGACUUGAUAAUGUUGAAAUGCUCAUCCAUCCAUUUGUAUUGUGAUGAUAAAUUUAUGUUUGUUUGAUGUAACUAGUCCUCUUUUUUUGUUUAGCUUGGACAACUUGCUUUGCUGUCCAUGAAAAAAAUAUGAUGUACAGAGCUUAUUCAUGCUUUUGUUUUCACUGGAGGUUGACAGAGUUGAUUGCUCCCUAAAACUACAUUAUGGGCUCUAUUUUCAUGCUUCGCCGGAGACGUGGCACCGGCGCGGCGUAAGUCAGGUCCACCGCGUCGACAAGGCGACAAGUCAUUGUGUGUGCUUAUGGAGAAGUGUUGGUAGUUUCCAGAGCAGGCAUCAAAUAAAGACUUGAUUUUGUGAUAUCCCAGAGUCAUUAUAA